AUUCGUUCCAAAGUUGGGAAGCACUCCACACCUGGUUGAGCCAUAUUGAAGUUGGAUCGGAACUCAGGCCCAUUAGGACCCUUUAAGCAACUAAAUCCUUGUGACAAACUUUUCAGACCUCGAUCCAAUAUUUUGUCAGUGCCUAGAGUAUCCCCCAUUUCAAGAUAGAACUGAUGAGGGCAUUGUACAGUGGAGUGCCAACCAUUCCAUACUUACGAUUCUGCCACCAUUCUCCUCCCACUAUCCUCUCUCUGGAAUCCCCAUUUGUCAUUCAUCUUCCUCCAAAACAAUACCCAUCUCGAAGUUCAAAUUCUCCACUUCUACAAAGACACAGACAAAGACCCACAAUCGCAGCUUCAAUGGCCUCCGCACCAUCAACUACAGAGCCAGAGACAGAGAUCAAGCCCUUCUCAGUCCUCUUUGUGUGCCUGGGCAACAUCUGCAGAAGCCCAGCGGCUGAGGGUGUCUUCAUAGACCUAGUCAAGAAAAGGGGCCUUGAUUCCAAGUUCAAGAUUGACUCUGCUGGAACCAUCAAUUACCACGAGGGUAAUGAAGCAGACCCAAGGAUGAGGGCUGCCGCUAAAAGGCGCGGUAUCAUGAUAACUUCGAUAUCCAGGCAGAUACAGCCGUCAGAUUUCAUAGAUUUUGAUCUCAUUCUUGCAAUGGACAAGACAAACAAAGAUGACAUACUUGGGGCUCUUGAGAGGUGGAAAUUUAGGGAGACAUUACCUGCUGAUGCACAUAAAAAGGUCCGGUUAAUGUGCUCCUAUUGUAAGAAGCAUGAUGAAACCGAAGUCCCAGAUCCUUACUAUGGUGGACCCCAGGGUUUUGAGAAGGAUGUCACUUGUGGGCUUAGCGAAAGUUCAGUGGAAUGGCACUGAAUGAGACAUGAGGAGGUUUAGACAGCUGCUAAAUUGGCAUUUGGCAAGAAAUCAAUGCCAAGUUUCACACGAAAUACAUGCUAACCAAUUUUCAGGACAAGUUAUGCUAUCAACAUAUUAAUCUAAAAUAAGCCGGCAUGUAAAUGGUAGAAUAUAUGAAAAUAAUAAUAAUCUGCAGACUAGGAGUCAGUGGUAAAGAUCCAUGGUAAGAGGCUAAGAGCUUGUUCGAUUGAAGGCUGGCCUAAUUUCUGAUAUAAGGAGGGAGUUCAUUUGCGAUACUGCAACAACCAUAUUGGUUCAAAUAUUUAUUCCAUGGUGCAUUAAAAGUGGAGGAAUAUUGGGACCCAUUUACUAGGAAAUCUUGACUUCAAACUUGGAAGAUAGCACCUAUGUUCAGUGACAGAAAUCGCAGUGCAUGGGCAACAUCAAUGCAGCCAUUCAAUUGACCUACUGUAUAUGAACUGUCUUCUUUUAAUAUGGCUGAUCCUAAAGAAAGGGUCUUAUGGCUAGCAAGGGAAGUAAAAGGGAAAACGAGAGCCUUACAAGAAGGUAAGGAUAAUGAAAAUUUGUUCGUCUAUAAGACCUAGAAUGCUAAUGAUUUAGAAGAGGACGAAGUAGAAAUUUCAUCCAUCUCAGUUGUUAGGCCUUUCCAUGCAGCCUCUAAAGCUGAGGGAAGGGUAUUUGUAGCACACAUCUAUUUUUCAAACAAGCUAAGAAGCUUAUUGUUAAUAAUGUUAGUUGCAGAAUGUUGUCUUAGCAGCCACGAUGAGCACCUCAAGCUGUCAAUCCAAUCACACCCAAAACUGCACAAAGCACCCUGCAUAGAUAACUGCCACUCUGAUAACUCAAUAUUGUCUCGUUUCUCU